UCCACGGUUAGCGUUAAGGUAGGUUGCACCACUGCACAGUCUCCCCACCAACUACAAUUUGACAGUUUCUCAGGUGAGGCGUCACGCCACAGGAGCUUUUUCACUUUCUCUUGAGUUUCAGCGCACAUCUCACUGUGAGCCUGGGGUUGCUUAACUCAAAAACCAGUUACCAGAAGCCCUCACACCACGGCACCAUGAGCAAAAAGAAAAAGGAGUGGAGAGCGGAGAAAGAGCGCUUACUCAGUCUUGGUCUUGAGGAUAGGCGCAAAGAUUAUCGAGGAAACUAUGUGCCAUUGGACAAGAUCCCCACCUGGGCAAAUCAUGACAAUAAUACAGCUACUGAGGAAGAAGAACAAAAGUCUUUCUACUUGGCUGACAAAGUGUCUCUGUACAAAGGUGACAUCACCACCCUGGAGGUGGAUGCCAUAGUGAAUGCUGCAAACUCUUCUCUGCUCGGCGGUGGAGGAGUGGAUGGCUGCAUACACAGAGCCGCGGGUCAUCUUCUGUAUGAAGAGUGCCACUCGUUAAAUGGCUGUGAAACUGGAAAAGCCAAGAUCACCUGCGGCUACGACCUCCCCGCUAAAUAUGUGAUCCAUACUGUCGGCCCAAUCGCCAGAGGAAAUGUGGGCCAGUCCCAAAGAGAUGACCUCGAAUCAUGCUACAAAUACUCCCUCAAGCUGAUGAAGGACAAUAACUUGAGAUCUGUGGCCUUUCCAUGCAUAUCGACAGGAAUUUAUGGUUUUCCCAAUGAGCCGGCAGCAGAAAUCGCCCUGAAGACCGUGCAUGACUGGAUCCUAAGCAAACAAGAUGAGAUCGACUGUGUCAUAUUCUGCGUCUUUCUGGAGACAGAUUAUGAGAUUUACAAGAGGAAGAUGUCAGAUUUCUUCUCCCCAGAUAAUGACGACCAUAAGAAUGAAAAAGAUGCCGGUGUUGAAGAAGAUGAAAAGCAGGAUGAAGAAAUGAUGAGCCAGCAAGAGGAAUCUACUGAGGAUGUGACAAUGCAAAGCCAGGACCCAGAAGGCGAGAGUCCUGACGCCGAAUCCAAGGACGAGGAGGCCAAACCUCCUGAAAAAGGAGAACCUACAGUGGAGGCGAGUCCAACAGCAAAGAAGAAAGUUGAACAGGAGAGCGAAAAAGAGACUUGGAAGAAAGAAGGCAAGGGAGAAGACCCACAAGUUGCAGGGGAAGAGAAAGGGGGUAGCCCAGAAAAGAAGAUGCAGACAGGCCAGCCUGAUGAAGCGGGAAAACAGAUGGAAGAGUCAACAAAGAGUGCAGACACCGGGGCGGACACCAGUCAGGGGCCCGAGGUUCCCAUGGAGGUUCUGGAUGCUGAUCAAAGUGUUACAACAGCCAAGGAGAGCAACACCAGCAACAGCACUAAAGAUGAUGUGAAAGCCCAAGAUAAGAGCUCACAAGAGCCCGACGCAACUCCACCAGACACCAGACCAAAUUCUGAAGAUGGCCAAGGCGAUAAGAACGCACAGGAAUGAGACGACAAUCAGCCUCAUAGGAACGAGUAACGGCAAACUGUGUGAAGGCAAAUAUCACACCAAUUUUGUCCCACGCUAGAGAGUCGCCCACAAAUACUGGGAAAAGAGUUGACCCCCCACCCCCCCACUUCAUUCACCAUUUUUCCUUCUAUUAAACCUGUAUUUCCUUUCCGCUUCCUCAUAUUGAUAAUAAAUCAGAUAUAUAGCUAUAUAAAAAGGAUCAAAUGAGAGUUUGAACAUAUCAGAGAGAGUGCAGGGAUUGUGGAGCUGGAGGAGGACUGCUAUACCUCACUGACAUGCUGCUUGAUCAAUAGUUUUUUGCUUUUUUUUUCAAUAUAGCAUCUUGGUGCUGGAUUUGAACUGGUUUAAAUUAGGUAGAUUGCUCAAAACACAUCCUAAAAUCAUCCUGCCGCUUUUAGUUACGCGCUGAUUUGUAAUACUUCUGACAAAGUGCAAAGCCAAGGCUAAAUUUUCCAUGCCGCAGAGCACUCGUAAUACAAGAUUCAGACCAAAUAUGACUGGAUUCCACAGGCCUGUCCACCGAUUAAGAUUUCUUUCAGGUGAAAAACACUAAAAUGGCUAUAAAUGUCUGUUUGUGCGUGAGUGAGUGUGCGUAUAUACCAAUGAUGUCACUUUAAAGAGGUUUUCGCUUUGUGUGUGAGCUAUAGAACCAAGUCAGGUCAAACGAGGAGAACAUCGCUUGAUUCUAAUCUCCUCUAUGGAGUGGUGGCAUUCCUCCCUACUGCACGCUAUAUAACAGAGGCGUUUGUGCGCUCCUCUGCUUUGAAACGACACGUCACGCUCGCAGAGCCCCCCUUUAAUCUAUCAAACGAGCGCUGAUCAUGUUUCAUCUUCAAAGCUGCUCUGACUACUGCGAAUGCCUGUAUAAAAAAAGGAAAACCUGUUGUGUAAGACUGACGUGGCCGUUUUUGAUGAGUGCGCUAACAAAUGAAUUCCCUCAAGUGUAUCUAGAUGCAUGCCAGCAUUGUUUCAAAUGUUUUAUUUACAGUCCCUCUCGGUCUCCCUCCCUUUCACAUGCAUAAACAGAUCUCAGUUGCAAGCUCUCAAUAUUUUUACCAGAUUGUCUCUGCAUCUCUAAAAAAAAAAAUCUGCCUUAUUUCAUGAAAUAAGUAGUACAUAAUCACAAACUGGUGAUGGCUAAAAUAAAAGGCAAAUAGUAAGUGUGUGGCUUUGAAUGAAUUAAAUGCUACUUCAGAUGAUGAGUGAUGAUGCACUUCUUUCUUUAAACACACAACAUUAUUUUGAUGAGUCCUUUUGUUUGGGUUUUGAUUUGGUUGUUUGGUUAUCUUGCAUAUGAUUUUUUGGGUUGAUAAUGAUUAAAAAUGUAUUCAAAAGCUUGAUUUACUUCUUUAAGUGGUGCCAUACUGUAUAUCAGAUGAACUUCUGCCUUCAUCCUUUGAUGAUGUUUGCUUUGCUAUAAAUCAACUAUGAAUAAAGUUAUAAAGUUGUUUC